CUCUAAUCUACAUCAUCAGCGUAUGUAUUUAAAACAGUUAUUAGCUAAUGCAGUUUUUAGCAUACGCGGUCAGAGUGACUGGGCGCAGCGCAAAAGAGACACACGCGCACUCGACGAAAUUGCAACAAUGGGGUUGGUUGAAGAGUUGACGGAUCACUUUGAGACGAAGAAUCUGUAUGAGGUGUUAGGGAUCACAUAUUCCAAAUGCUCGCCGGCUGUGAUCAAGAAGGCGUAUUUCAAGCUCGCACGUGUUCACCAUCCCGACAAGUGCACGUCUACUGACAUAGAGCAGAAAGCGCUGCAGACAACUAAGUUUCAAUUGCUGGGUAAAGUAUACAGCGUUCUUAGUGACUCGCUUAAGCGUUCGGCGUAUGAUGAGACAGGCGUGGUUGAUGACGAUGACGAAGGAGCUGACUUGGAUGGAGACGUGGAUUGGGACGAUUACUUCAGAGCGAUAUUCAAGAAAGUGUCGAUCGAUGCCAUCAAAGAGUUCACGGCGGAGUACCAAGGGUCGCAGGAGGAACGAGAAGAUGUGCUGAGCGCAUACGAAUCCACAGAAGGCAACGUCACCAAGAUGCUUGACCUGAUAAUGUGUGCACAGGUGGUGGAUGUAGACAGGUUUGUGAAGAUAUGCGAAGAAGCAAUAGCAGAGAAGAAGGCGAAGAAGUACAAAUCCUUUGUCAAGUCUCGAUCUGCAAAGGCUAGUGCUGCACGCAAACGCAAGGCUGAGCGAGAGAGCGCUGAGGCGGACGAGAUGCUCCGGGAGAUGCAGGAGAAAGAAAAUAUUCACCACAAAGGAAAAGACAAACGCCAACGCAUUACACACGGCAAGGAUGCCACCAAGGAAGACACCAAGGAAGCGGCGCAGGAGUUGGAUCUGGCAGCGAUGAUCAGAAGCAGACAGGCACAGCGCAGAGACGAGGCUGAGUCCAUGCUGGCUGCGUUGGAGGCUAAGUAUGUGAAGAAGGGGCCUAAGAAUAAGAAGGCCACAGCCACAGCCAAGGCCACAGCCACAGCCAAGGCGGACGAUGAUGAGUUUGUGGAGCCAUCGGAGGAGUUUUUUGCUGCUGCUGCUGCGAAGAUGAACAAAAACAGAGAACAAGCACGCGCCAAGCGGGCUAAGUAGUUGUAAGGAGUAGUUGCAUGAGGUGGUUGUACAAUGGUUGACCAGAUUUUGGCCCAUUUAUCUGGUGUGUGCUGCUAAUGAGUGCGAUGCGGGUAGAUAUAACUGACAUGUUUUGUCUAUGAAGCACGUGCGCAUUGCCUACUUGAGCUAUGGAUUCCUCACGCAAUGAUUAGCUGAGCUAUGGAACAUUUGCACAGUGACUAGGUGGGCUAAAGUCUUGACCCGUAUGUACGGUCCAAUGACCUGUCGCCAUGGUAUACGGGCAUCGCAUUGCACAGACUCGGCUGAGAAGCUUGCACUGGUUGGUGCGGCUAUUGUCAGUGUCGCGUUGCUGCCGGUUUAGUUGUUGGUGUUGGUAUUAGCUACGGUUGAUGUCUGUUUUCCGCCCUGCACUGUACGCGAUGGGAGUGGUUUUCUUCUCACAGAUGGGCAUGCGUAUGCACAAGAGACGGAUGUGCCACGGUCACCCCAGACACUUGAAAUACGUUCAACGCAUUGUGACUGAAUACCAGCACCAACCGAUUCAAUACAGUCUGUACGUGACGGCGAGGUUUACAACUGGUAUGUGUCAGUUGGCUGUGGGCAACGGACGAACGGCACUGCGCAAACGAAUGCAUAACGUACACUACUAGCCUCAAACGCUUUCUUGCUGCACCCCAAUACCACGCAUACCACGAAAGUACCAUGGCUUAGAAAUACACGGGCGGGUGGGUACUUUCGUGUCGCUGUCUGGAGACAGGACACCGAGUGGUGUGCGAAAGUCAACGGAAUGUGCUAUGAACACACUCGCCGUGUCUCCAUGGGCAUCCGCCUGACUAUUUCGUCCGCAGCUAUUCUAUAGCGGUGCGAGUGUGUGUGCGUAUCUCGGUGAUUCUGUUAUAAACUUACGAAUAAACCAUGUCACAUGGUUCUGUU